CUCCUACUUAUUCUUUAUAGUCGGGUUUUCCCUAUACUCACCAUUGUCAUCACAACAUUUAUGCGCUGGAAUAUUGGCUACUGUUGUCGCGAAUUUCGUUACCUUUCGAGGUUGCAUGUAAACAACCAGAUCCAUAGCCACACACAGACCCAGACCCAGACACAGACAGACACACCCACGCUUGACUUGUUGCUUGCUGCAUAUUUCAUUCAUCCCACGGCCCGGUUUACUGUAUUCACCCAUCCUUACUUCCUUACUUACCUAGACUACACUUUCGUUCAUUUCUUAACAUUAUAUCCACUCAUUGAUUUGUUGGCGACACCGAAGACUUCAAUAAUGCCUGCAAGGCUUUUAUAAUUCUUAAUUGGUCGUGUUGGAGAGGGUGGUGCUUUCUAGUUUCCUAAUUAUUCGGAGACGGUCCGUACCUGCCUUCUCUGCAUCCCGACUUAAAUCGGGAAGCUGCCCGGAUACAUCCACAGGGUAACUGGCAACGGCAACUGGCAAUUGUGCCGCCUUGACCUUCGCCUACAUAAAUAGGUACCUACUACUUACCUGAUAAUUUAUUUAGGGAUCUAUUUUCUAUCUCGGAUUACCAAAACGCAGUCGGCCACAACUUCGUGGCAAGCUGCGCCGAUGUUCUCCUUCAGAGAUGGCUACCAUGACUCCGUACAAACGCGAAUUACCUUUCAUCCACAGAGCUUGGAAGACUGCCGUCGACCACUUAUCCCCAUACAGCAUGGGAAUCAAGUUGUCUUCCACAAACGGUGACACUGUCGUCAAUGAUGACCAUGCCCUCCGCGCAGCCAAAAGGCGUCGCAUAACUGAAGACUCAUCCGAGUCUACGCCAAAAGGCAUCUUGGGCCAUAUGUUGUCUGAAAGAGACAACGACUUCGAAAAGGCGCUUCGUGUUGAUGUGCUUCAGAUUACACACAAAGACAGCCCUAAUCACAGAUCCAGCAACUUACUAAACGGCACAGGAUCCCCUGUUAAGAAAGAAAUGCCGGCUAUACGCGUCCGUUGCAAGCUCACCAUCUUCCGUUGGCGAUUUCCUAUCAAAGAAAUUCGCGUACUUUAUUGCGAUAGUCAAAUAUGCAACCUCAAGGUAUUUCGCGACGCCGAUGGUGCAUGUCGGAGGGCUAGGAUUUAUCUCACAUCACCAUUCCAUGUCCCAGCGGAAAAAUUAUGUGUGGAACGGGAUGACGAAAACGGGUUUGACCUAGCUGACCAGUACCUGGUUCAAGCUGAGUUGGAAUCAGCAGGAGAUCCCAGUUGGCCGCCUGUCGAUCUGCUGCCCAAGGAUGAAGCCAACGAUCCUGAAUCCAGCCGCCCUCAGCUUUGGGUACUCACUUCUUCGGUCGUCUACAAGUUCGAGAAACACCGGGCAUCUGCUCCUGUCAAGAUCAGGAAACGGGUUGGAUCUGAGACUGCGCUUGACCUAUCGAUGGAUAUGGAUCUUAGAUGGUCAGCAUGUCAUAGUGCAGGCAGCGUCACAGAAGUCGAGGUUUCUCCACCAGAGGUUCCGACAUCAUUCACCAGCGGAGCUUUGGAGCCAUUAACAAACGGGCAUGUCAAUGGGAGGUCAGAUAAUACAGCCAAUGGCCCUACAAAAGAUGAGGAUGUCUUUAUAGAAGAAGACGAAGACCAUGAAGAGGCUGCAACUCCCAGUCGUUCACUAAGAACAAGAGAGAAGCAGAACUAUAAUCUAAAACUGCUAAGUGACAAGGCACGAGGCAAGGAGCGGAAGGAGCGGAAGCAACGUAAGUUGACAGAUGCUAGAGUACAAGAAGCUGGGCAGACUACCUGGGUGCUUCCCCGAUCUGGCAAGGUUGUAUUGAAGGGUUACCAGUGCAUAAGAUGCUUUGGAGUUCAUUCAUCGAUGAACCAACUCAUAGAACAUGUAAAGGUUCAUCCUGAGUUCAAAUAUGACUUUGAUCCGAGCUCUUCUCGAAUCUGGGUUUUCCAACACGGACAAGAAAUCCGGCGUCGCUCCAGCUCAUCUCUCCUAAAAGUCGCUAGUUCUGAAGAUCCGGAGAGCGAGUUGGAAGAUUACGUAUCCCCUCAUAAGAUCCAAAAGUCUCUAGCACAGUCGAAAUCAUUACCUUCCAACACUCCGAAGGAUCCUAGGCAAUUGGUCCCGAAUAACAAACAGCCUAUGUAUGAUCGCCUCAGUAAAGCAAUUCUCGAGCCAGGCACAUUUGUUGAUCCACCUGAUAUCGACGAUACUUGGCUGGUGCAAAAGCAUCGGGAUAUCAUCCGCGACUACAGCGAUGUUCAUCCAGCGGAGAAAGAAUUUAUCUCAGAGUGGGAUGCCUAUGUCAACAAAGAAUGUGUCACUUCGGAUCCACAUCUACAGGAUGUCUACCUCAAGUUCGUACAGCUUAAGGCGUCAUGGUUAGUUGCGUCUCAAAGUCGCAUGACGGAAUUUUCGAAACAUUUGGCCUAUUUGAAGGCAAGGGAUGCCCUAACUGAAUCAACAAUCGCCAAGGUUAUGGCGAUCAUGCGACAAGCAAGGGACGAGAAGCGCCCUGAGCAGCCUGAAAUUACAAAACCACCGUCCCCAAGAACUCAGUAUCGCAAGUCAGCAUCAGGAUGCGCCGUCUGUGGUCAACCUAUCAGGGGGCCUUCUACACUGAUCUGCUCUAAUAUGGAUUGCGAGAAACCCCUUUACCAUGCGGAUUGCAUCCGAAAAGCUGCAAAAAUGCCGGUAGAGAAGCAUAAUUGGUGUUGUAAUAGCUGCUGUGACAGCUAGUGAGGGUUAUUAGAGGUGUACGCAUUACGAUAUUUCCAACCUGCCUCGAACUUAACGCCAUAACCUACCUAAGUACCCAUCUAGGUAGCUGGUGAAGGUAGUCAUUCAAGAGGUGAUUAAAGGCGGUUGGUGCAAUGUAAGAGUCUAAAUAUGGCAUCCAAGAGGGGGGUGAAUGAAUAGUUCAUUCAGAGGUCCGGUCAUAACCAACAUUUGAAAGGCGCGCGAUAGGGCAUCUUGAAACUCUUUGUAACUACAUACCCGCCCCUACUUACCUAUCCCUACCUAUCCACGAACUCCGUGCUGAACCUUUCUUAGAAGGGUUGGAUGAGCCUGCUUUUAUACCUGCAGCUCGUGGAGUAAUAAACGAAUCAUAAACCCUUUAUCAAAAA